AAAUAGGAGACGCUGGUGCUGCGUAAUGCACGAACAACUCUCUCAGAAAAAAAAUCUUAAUUAAGCAUUUGUGCACUUUAUAGGAUCACAAGAAAUAUAACUAUGGCAAAGCAAUCAUCUGAGUUGGCCAUUGAAGACCUCAAGAAGCUUCUCAGAGAGAAGGAGGAACUUGAUGGUGUGGCAGCUGCAAAAGUUGAAGAGCUUAUAGCUGAGUUGCAGGGACGUUAUCUGCGUCCAUUUGACCAUGCUGUGCAAAGAAUUAUUGACGGAUUUACUUACUUCAAGAUCAACAAUUUCGACCAAAACCCGGAUCUGUAUGCCCAACUUGCUAAUGGUCAAAGCCCCGAGUAUCUGGUGUUUGCUUGCUCUGACUCUCGAGUGAGUCCCUCUACUAUCCUUAACUUCCAACCUGGAGAAGCUUUCAUGGUCCGCAACAUUGCUAACAUGGUCCCUCCAUUUAAUCAGCUUAGGUACAGUGGAGUUGGUGCAGCCAUUGAGUAUGCUAUCACAGAUCUUAAGGUGCCAAACAUCUUGGUCAUUGGACAUAGUCGCUGUGGCGGAAUUAAAAGGCUUAUGAGUCAUCCAGAGGAUGGUUCUGCUCCUUUUGACUUCAUAGAUGAUUGGGUGAAAAUUGGUUUGCCUGCCAAACUCAAGGUUCUGAAAGAAUAUAAUGGCUACGAUUUCAAAGAACAAUGCAAAUUCUGUGAAAAGGAGUCAGUGAAUAACUCCUUAGUGAACUUGAAGACAUAUCCAUAUGUUGAAACAGGAAUAAGAAACAAGAGCAUAGCACUGUUGGGGGGUUACUAUGAUUUUGUGAAGGGAGAAUUCAAAGUUUGGAAGUAUGAGACUGACUUCACUGAACCCAUUACCAUCCCUCCUUUUACCCAUUAGUGAUGGUUGACUCAAACUUGGCACCACUACCAGCUUAUUAAGUUCUUACUACAAGUUGUGUUGCAUGUACUAUGUGUGCUUUUCUAUCCUAAAUAAAUUGCAUCUACUUUUGAGAUUUCAAAAAUUAUGUAUUUUAAGAAUUAUUAUUACUA